CCAGCUACUCCCUCAGUAUUGGGGUUCUGGUGCCCCUCUGUGGAGGCAUUGAGAAGAGUGUGGGCACUGUUCGGUUCCUCCUCAUGUUUCUGCUGCUCUCUAUCAGCACAGGGGUGUUGUACACCAUACUGGGUCUGCUACUGUUUGGUGCAUCUGCCCAGAACCAGGUGGAGGGGGUUCAUUCCAGUGUCCCUCUCCCUUAUGGGUAUGGCCACAGUGCACUCCCGUAUGGUUAAGGGCUUUCUUUUCGGGGUCACUGUACCCAUGUUAGCCCUGCCCUGGCUGUUUCUGUUCAUCAUAACACUUUUGGUCCCACACACUGUCUUCCUUUGCAAUGCCAUCGCCAUCAUCGCAGGGGGGAUCUACGGAAAGGGCUGGCUCUCACUUCUGGACAUGUCCGAUGCCAGGGCAUCAGUGCUGGACAAGAAGAUGCCUUUCAGGCUGCUGAGGAACAUUGGUGUCCUGUAUGUCCCUGCAUCAACAGAGGAGAGAAGGAAGACGGUCCACCCACCAAUCAUUCCAACCCCAGGCUCCUACCCAGUCCAAGCCUACGCUCCAGUGUCCUUUACCUCCAACCUACAGGCUACCGAGACCACACCAAAGACAUUUGAAGGCUGGGCCCACUCCUACUAUACACAGGGGAGCCCUGUUCAGCUCUCAGGUUAUUACGGACACAACCAUGGAUAUGGCCUCAAGCAUAGCUUUGGGCCAAGUCACGGACAUAGUCACGAACAUGGACACAGCUGCAGCCACAGCCAAGGUUAUGGACAUAGUCACGAACACAGCUUCGGCCAUGGACUCAGUCAUGGGCAUGCAUCUGCCUCUCAAACCAGCAGUCACUGGGCUCCAGUGGCUCAACAUCCACAUUCUCAACAUUCCCACCUCAGUCCACUGUCUGUGUCUGUCAGUGCCCCCCAGAGUUUCACAGCAAAGAUGCCGGAGUCACUGCCAGAAUCUGUGAUGGUUCACCCAGGAGCACCUGUGUCUUCACUGACAGAUUGAUGACUUCAAUCCGUAACGGC